AUGAGUGGGCCGCGCCCCUCUAUUCGCGCAUUUCUUUGCGAGUUACCGUGUCUACCGGCUGAUUCCAAGAUCCGGUUUUUGGGCUGUGUGAGGCAAUACAAUGUCAACACUGGUCAUCUUGUCCUAGAGCACAAUUAUCCGCGCAACAGAGAAGAGCCCAUCAUAGUUUCUGUGGACAUCAAUGCUGUCCUCGAAGACUUGACCUCUGAGGAGCUACGGGUAGGCUCAUGGUUGAAUGUAUUGGGUUAUGUCCGCGAUACGACACCACCAACUGCGUCCUUUUCAACUCAACAGAGCUCUCAACGGCCAAAUGAGACACCACCUACUAAAUUUCCACCUCGCCCGGUCUAUAUUGAGGCAGUGAUGGUCUUCUCUGCGGGUGCUAUUGCACUGGGAGAAUAUGAACGGAUUCUACGCAAUGCGCAAGACGUGGAGCGCCGAGUUCACAACCAACCAUGA